CUGCCGUCUUGAUGUCAUGACUGAAUCCUUCUACUAUUCAUAGGUCUGUGGUUUGACAGAAGCUACACACGAUGAAGGAGGAGGACAACUCAGAGGCUAAAGUAACCCAGGAUGAAAGGAAUUAUAAGCAGAAAGCACGCUGCCGAUUCAUGAGGAAACAGAAAAAUGGGAUUUCACCCUGGAAGAACACUGGGAAGUUAAAGAAAAGGUUGCAGUCAAAGGAGAAAAGCCAAGAAAGUUUGAAAGAAACAAAGGAAAGAGCACCAACUCUCUCCUGUCAAGAAACCUCCAAGUCAGUUGAGAAUAGUGCUGAGGAUUUCAAUACCGAGUGGACCAUUUUUAAUGAUUUGUUCUUCUCAAGUGAUGUGGCACCCUGUAAUGAGUUCAUACCUUAUUACAGGACAUACUCAAACCUUGUGGAAAUCCCUCUGCAGGUAAAUAUAGAAUUGAGCCAUGAGAACGCAGAAGGAGAAGAAGUUCAAAGCGAUGGCUGUGUCUUUAAUCCUAAGUAUGAAGAUGAGCCUCUAAGGGACGUGAGUCUCACCAUGGGAUAUUUUCCAUAUUAUAGAACAUAUGAGGAAUACUUUGGCAGCUCAGAUCUUCCCAGUGAAAUACACAGUGGAGCAGAGAGCGAAGGGAGUGUGGCAAACAAUGCAGAGGAAAUCAAGAGUGAAAUUAGCUGUGAAACUGAGGAAGUAUCUGAAGGUCCUGAUAUUCAGGAAAACUGUGAAACAUCAGAGGAUACCAGCCAAUGUUCUGAGAGUCUUCAGUUCACUGAAAACCAAGUAUUAACUGACUCCAUUGUUGAGUCCUGCGAUUCUGACCUCUCUCUCUUUGAUGAAAUUUUAAACCUGAGGCAAUCACCUUCCGACAGUGGUUAUUUUCCAUAUUAUAGAACGUAUGGGAAAUUGCUUCUCGGCCCAGAAGCCUCAAGUAAUGCGCUCUGUAGCAGCAGAGAUGCACUGGAAAUGUUUGGUAUGGAAAGUGAAGGAACUUUGCAAGAAACUAGGGACAAUGACAAUGGUUGUUCGGUGUGCUAACUCCACUGGGAUUGAAACCACAGGCAUGGUUUUAAGGACUCUUACCACUGCACGGCCUAGUAAUAAUUUAUAUUGAAACAUUUUAAUAAGAAACUGUUAUUCAUAUUAAGUUGAGCCAUUGAAAAAAUGGGACAAAUGUUCAACUAGCUUUUGCUUGAACUUGGAGAAAUUGACCAUCUCUGGCAGAAGAUAAAGGAGAUGAAAAAGUUAUUGUUU